GGAGCAGAGAGGCGGCUGGCUCCGGCUCCUCCGCGCUCCGCUCCGCUCCGCUCUGCCUCGGGCUCUGCGCUCACCUCCUGCCCAAGCCUCCCUCCCGCUCCUGCCCCAGGACCCCUGGGUGGGCUCCAGACCCGCCCGGUCCCCAGACCCAGUCCUAGCCCAGACUCCCCUGGCCCCCAGCCCCGGCCGAGGGCUUGGCCGCCAGGGGGCGCCGUGCGAGCGCCCUCUCCCAGGCGCCCGGCGCCCCCUCCCACAGCCCAGGAGGGACGGGAGGGGGUCGCCGGGGGGCCAUGCGGGGCCAGGGUCGCAAGGAGAGUUUGUCCGAUUCCCGAGACCUGGACGGAUCUUACGACCAGCUCACUGGCCACCCUCCAGGGCCUGCUAAAAAAGCGCUGAAGCAGCGGUUCCUCCAGCUGCUGCCAUGCUGCGGGCCCCAAGCCCUGCCCUCAGUCAGUGAAAUUGGCCGGGUCUUCAGCUUUCUCGGUGACAGUUCGCUCCCUUCAGCAUUAGCUGCCCCAGCCUCCCUACGCCCCCACAGACCCCGCCCGCUGGACCCAGACAGCGUGGAGGAUGAGUUUGAGCUGGCAACCGUGUGUCACCGGCCCGAGGGUCUGGAGCAGCUGCAAGAGCAAACCAAGUUCACUCGCAAAGAAUUGCAGGUCCUGUAUCGAGGCUUCAAGAACGAAUGUCCCAGUGGAAUUGUCAAUGAGGAGAACUUCAAGCAGAUUUACUCCCAGUUCUUUCCUCAAGGAGACUCUAGCACAUAUGCCACUUUUCUCUUCAAUGCCUUUGAUACCAACCAUGAUGGCUCAGUCGAUUUUGAGGACUUUGUGGCUGGUCUGUCAGUGAUUCUUCGGGGAAGCAUCGAUGACAGGCUGAACUGGGCCUUCAACCUGUAUGACCUCAACAAGGACGGCUGCAUCACCAAGGAGGAAAUGCUUGAUAUCAUGAAGUCCAUCUAUGACAUGAUGGGCAAGUAUACAUAUCCUGCACUCCGGGAGGAGGCCCCAAGGGAACAUGUGGAGAGCUUCUUCCAGAAGAUGGACAGGAAUAAGGAUGGCGUGGUGACCAUUGAGGAAUUCAUUGAAUCUUGUCAAAAGGAUGAGAACAUCAUGAGGUCCAUGCAGCUCUUUGACAAUGUCAUCUAGUUCACCAGGAGAGGGGGUCAGUUGUCCUGUGGCGGGACCAUGCUCUAGCCCUAGUCCAGUUGGACCUCAUCUUUCUCUUCCUAGCUCUCUCCUCACCCUAUCCCUGCCCUAGGGCCUGUAGGAAUCCAAGAGGCUGGGGAUUCGGUGGUUCAGAUCAUUGGAGCUGAAGGAGCCAGGGAGUGGGCGGAGUGUAUCAGCUGGUAUUCCCAAUUCCCAAUGGCUCCACCCCCUCCCUGACAGUGCUAAGGAUGCCCCUGCUGAAGGAAUUAAGUGGUUCUCCACUUCCAAACCCCACUCUAGAAGCCACGAUACUAGACAAAAUUUCUCCUGUUACGGUGCUUCCCCCAUCCCUGUUAACAUAAACAUUUUCCUUAAGACUCCCUUCUCAGACAGGUCUUUGGCACUAAUUGGCCUUUCAGAGCAGGGCCUUAGAGAGCUCCACAGGAGAGGGACAAGGGAGAACUCUCGGGCUUCAGGCAGUGGCUCGGCCCUAGGAAGUAGCUGGGAUAUAAAGCAGAAAGGCCUAGAGAUUGUGAGACCUGAGGCUAUGACUCUGAGCUCUACAGGUCUGCCACCAGAAUAUGAGUUUCCAGGCUCUUCAGAAGACCCUGGUUCCUUAGAAACACCCCAGAAAUGUUCCACACAAUGUUCAGUAUACCAAGAGAUCCUGGGGUUGUGAAGUCUGGCUCAUCCCUAGAAUUUUUUUCUCUCCUUCCUUCCUGUUUGUAUGUUGGCAGCAGAAGAAUAUGGCUGGGAGAUGUCCUGGCUGAUUCCUGCCAAAGGUUCAGCCUACCAGCAUAGAGUGAGUCAGGACCACCCAGUGGAUGCAUUAGAAGAAAAGGGAAGGAGGGAAACAGGCAUAGCAUCUAAACCCAGUGAGGGGGCAUUCAUUAGCAUAUUUGUUCUACCCAGGCUUUAUUUCAACCUCCCAGAGAGCCUCCCCAAUUCCCAUCUAGUGUCUCCUCUUGCUCUAUUAAAUCUACCCAGAGAUGCCCCUGAACACACCUAGAAGGCAGGAAUCGUAGGAUCCAGGUCUCAUAUCAUCAACAGCACCCCUGCCAUGCUGCCACUCCUUACUAUACCUGCUUGUCCCACUAGCUAGGAUCUGAGGGCAAGGGCCCCUAGGAAGCUCCCUUUCCCAUCAGAACACUGUUGGCUGCUUUGCAUUUUUGGCUCCUCUGUAUAUUUUGUAAAAUAAGAAAUACACCAGAUCCAAUAAAACACAAUGGCUAUGCA